CGUUACUCGUCCAACGCUGGGACCCAAGUUUUCUGAUAACAUACGAAAUCGUAUCCCGUCAUUGUUGCUGGCAUUGACCACCGUCAAAAUUUACAUCUGUUCCCAAUUCGAUAAUUGACCGGAAACAUGUCUGCUCCCCAAUCUAACGGUCGCCCUCCUCCGCCCGGUGAUGAGGAUCUCCAGCAUCUUUAUGAUGAAGUUUGGCGGAUCUUUGGUGAAGAAACAGCAUCCCCAACCGAGCGCUCGCCAACAAGUGCAGUCUCUGCCCAUGCACGCGAGCCCUACUCCAAUAAUUCAUUCCACGAUGUUAACGCGACUAUAUCUCCUUCAUCCUCAAUCCGAAACGCCCUUCCACGUCCUCCUGCAGCUGCACCCCAGCGGCCGCAUUCUCCUGAAAUCCGCCCUCAACCUGAUACUGCGACCUCUCCUACACAUAGGAGAUUGAGACCACUUCCGUUGCCUCCAGGUCCUUCUGUAGGUCCUCAGCCUCAUGAACAACAAACUCCAGUUGCAACUACUUCACGCCCUGGGACGGCUGGAGUCGAUCAGUCGUCCAUCCACAGGUUCUGCAACAUCCCCAACCUCAUCCACAAGUAAACCAUUCCUCGCCGGCUCUCACGCUGACGGGCUGCCAAAUAUACAUAAAGCCGUUCCUGCUGUCCCCUCGCAAACCAAUGGAGCACCUGCUAACGGUA